CAGGCACUGCAGUAAACAUACCACCCACCUUUACGCGCCAUCUUCUAGCUAAUAAGCGGGCAGAAUAAAACAAUUUGUAAAACCUCUGUGCAGUUUAUUUCUAGCCAAAUACUUGGUUGUAUUAGCUAUACUGAACAAUGAGUGAUAUUGAGGAUGGAAAUUAUGAAACACGGGGGUCACGCUCCCCAUCCAAAUCGGAUCGUGGGAGUCCAGCUCGGGUCAAGUCGGAGAGCAGGUCCGGCUCCCCGAGUCCAGCCCGAGCCUCCAAGCGAUCUGAGUCCAGAUCCCGCUCUCGGUCCAAAUCUAGGUCUCAUUCCAGACGGCACUCAAACCGCCGCUAUAGCCGCUCACGCUCUCGGUCCUACUCCCACCGGAGGAAGUCCCGCUCUCGCUCCUACAGUCCCGAGUACCGCCGGAAGAAGAGCCAGAGCACUUCCCCUAUGUCAAACCGACGCCGCCAUGCUGGCAGCAGGAGCCAGGACUUCACAAAAGAAGCAAACAGUCAUGGCGGAGACGCUGAUGUUAGGGCGAACCCUGACCCGAGCACAUGUUUGGGGGUGUUUGGCUUGAGCCUGUACACCACGGAGCGUGACCUGAGGGAAGUGUUCUCGCGCUACGGUCCCCUGGCAGGGGUCAACGUGGUGUACGACCAGCGCACGGGUCGCUCCCGUGGGUUUGCCUUUGUUUACUUCGAGAGGAUCGAGGAUUCCAAAGAGGCAAUGGAGCGAGCCAAUGGCAUGGAGCUGGACGGGAGGCGCAUCAGAGUGGAUUAUUCCAUCACCAAACGUCCUCAUACCCCCACACCAGGAAUCUACAUGGGCCGACCAACUCACAAUGGUGGUGGCGGCGGCGGCGGCGGUGGCGGCGGCGGCGGUGGUGAUCGUGGAAGCAGCAGGCGGGGGAGAGACUCUCAUUACGACCGUGGUUAUGAGCGCUACGACAGAUACGACGAGUACGACUACAGGUACAGUCGCAGGCGCUCUCCAUCACCUUACUACAGUCGAUACAGGUCUCGCUCACGGUCUCGCUCCUACAGCCCACGGCGGUACUGACUUCCUUCUUUCAAUCCCUCCAAUAAUUGAUGGUGUUUGAUUCAUCAAGGCGUUUCUGAGGGGAACCUUUUGAAUAAGCAUGUCUAUAUCAAAAGAACUCUUUUAAGUUUGAGAUGGUUCUUGUUUACAUGCAAUAGAUGUCUUAAUUUUUAGACGUUUUGAUGUAUUCAUGUUGAGUGUGAGCAAAGAACUCUGCAACUGUUGCUUAAUUCUCAGACUCGCAUCCUUCCUGUCCUCAGAAUUGAUGGUUAAAUUUGGGUUUUUGCAUUUAAAACUGAAGGGGUCCUUGUCAUGAUGGGGAAAAUAAGCUGGGUUCUUAGUAAAUAAUGGUAACACUUAAUUCUACAACCUGUAAGAAGUAAAUGCAACAAUCAACUCUAUAAAUGAACAGUAAAGAUUACAGAUUCAUGUCAUUAUUAACACUGAGUUUACUGGUAAGUAGCAGGUGAAUCGGGCUGUAAAAUAAAGUGUUACCAGCAAUCGGUGGUUGGUUCUCUGCUCACGUUCUUUUGUUUUAGUCAAGGAAGUCAUGAUUUCAGUUUCUGCAGAGAGUUUUAUUAUCACGUAUUACAUUUUUUAUUGUUGUUUCUUUGUAUGUAAAUACAAAUAUAUUAAAACU